AUGGGCAAAGUGAAGGUGAUAGGAGCUACUACAAGUCUUUUUUGCACCAGGAUUGAGUGGGCUUUAAAGCUCAAGGGUGUGGAGUAUGAAUACAUCAAGGAAGAUUUAAGAAACAAGAGCCCUCUGCUUCUUAAGUACAACCCUGUACACAAGAAAGUCCCAGUGCUAGUUCACGACGACAAAGCCAUUCCUGAGUCACUUGUCAUCCUCGAAUAUAUUGAUGAAACCUGGAAGGAGUACCCUUUGUUGCCUCAAGACCCAUAUGAGAGGGCAAUGGUUCGCUUUUGGGCUAGAUUUGCUGAUGACAAGAGGUGGUCUUCCUCGUCUUUCACCCAGUGUGUGUUUGGUGCAUGGGGAGCCUGUCGGGCCGAAGGAGAAGAGAAGGAGAAGGCUAUACAGUCUGCAAAAGAAUCGCUAGCGCUUAUCGAGAAUCAGAUCAAUGGGAAGAAGUUUUUUGGAGGAGAACAGAUCGGAUUUCUGGAUCUGGUGAUUGGUUGGAUGUGUCGUUGGCUCGAAGUCAUGGAAAAAGUUGGGGGCAUGAAGCUACUUGACCCUCAAAGGUUCCCAGUACUCUAUGAAUGGGCUCAAAACUUCAUGGAAGUUCCAGUCAUCAGUGAAUGUAUGCCACCAAGAGAAUAUUUGGUCAACUAUUUCCAAGCUAGCCUCUCCUACUUGAGUUCCUUAUCCGCUAAUAAGCAAUGAUUUUCUGUUUUUACAAAGACCAAUUUGCUGGGAUUUGUUAAAUAUCACUGCAUCUGAGUCAUGUGUGUUUGUUUUUUUUUUCUUUUCAUACAUCUGUUUUCUUUUGGCUUGCUGAAUGAUAUGAUCUUGUACGAUUGUAUCUGAUGAUGUGUGGACUAGAAAUGUAACGACAUCCAGUAAGUUCGUGUAUGAUGAGUAAGCUGGAGAGCUUGAGGCUUGAAUGUUUGACUGCAAAUAUGAUAAUUAGACAAAUGGACAAUAAAGAUGCUCAAUU